GGGCUAGCGGGUUGUUGCGACUGCCCCGCGAAGAGCUCAACGUCACAAUGGGCCCGAGCUCGAUCCUGGAGCGGUUGCAAGGCACCCGAACAACGCCUCGGGCCCUUACACGUGCACAUGAGUUCUUUCAUUCUUCAAUCUACCACAACUCUCUGAGCCAUAUUCCACUCACGCAAUCCCCUUCAAGCACAUUAGCCACGUGAACGAGACGCUGUAUCUGCAACACCUUCACCGACUCCCGCGUUACCCGCAUCACUUGCGCAUACAUCACCUACCUAAGGCAUCAAGUAAUUCAAUCGCGCAGAGCACACCAGAUUGAGCGCCCACCAUGGAGACCAUCAGAGGUCUCCUGUGGAAGCCCACACCAGAGGAACAAAAGCGCAAAUGCAAUGCCCUCGUCCGCCAAAACGUCCGCAAACUCGACCGCGACAUCCAACAACUCAAAGCGACUGAACAAAAAACCAAAACGCUCAUCCAACAAUCCUCCAAACGCGCGCAGCGAAACCCAUCCAUGGCCAAGCAAGCCAACCAAGACGUCCGCAUCUUCGCGCGCGAACUCCUGCGCGUACGAAAGCAAAACAACCGCCUCAUGACCUCCAAAGCGCAGCUCAACAGCGUGCAGAUGCAAGUCAACGAAGCGUUUUCGGUAAGAAAAAUCGAAGGCAGCAUCAAGGCUAGCACGGGCAUCAUGAAGGACGUGAAUAGUUUGGUCAGGUUACCCGAGCUGACGGGCACGAUGCGCGAACUUAGCUCUGAGCUUAUGAAGGCGGGGAUCAUAGAGGAGAUGCUGGAUGAUACGCUGGGCGAGAAUGAGAUGCUAGAGGGUGAGGCGGAUGAGGCUGAGGAGGAGGUAGAUAAGGUGUUGAGUGAGGUGUUGAAGGAUCGGUUGCCGCAGAGUAAGGCCAAGGAGGAGGAGUUGCCGGCUGCGCCGCAGGCGGAAGAGGAGGAGGAAGAGGAUCAGGCGGAGAUGUUGGCGCAGAUGCGGGGGAGGCUUGAGGCGCUCAAGAGCUGAGUGGGAGGGGCUAUAUAUA